AUGUUGUGCCAGACGAACGAUAGGCCAAAUCACAAGAACGCAUGCAAGGACGCCCAAUUGGAGAAAGCUCUCACCCGAAUCGCCGAAAUUGUUCAGCAAGCUUACCUCAACUUCUGCGAAACGACUUGGGACGUCCCUGUAUUGAGGAUCGACCGGGUACCUGACGGUCUGGAAAUUCACUGGGCCGAUAGGACAAAGAGUACCAGUCACUUCAGCAGGUUUGCUGCACAUCUGGCAAUAAGCCAGAAUGUUCAUGAAGCAACACUAGUUGCGAUGUGUUGCAACGAGCCACAGGCACACCUGCAUGGCCUCAUCAAAGCCCUUGUUGAAGAAAUGCCUGUCAAAAUCGAGGAACCUCAAGUCAUUCUUCGGAGUGUCAGUCAAAAGAUUACUAUCUUCCGCAAGGACGCCGGUACGAAUGCGAACUGGCCAAAUUACCAGCAUGCAAAUCUUCAAAUCGCGUUCAAGAAGACGAAAACGCAGUGGGAGGACACGCACAAGGCAAUUAUCGAAGAAGUGCAUCGAUUCGGUCACAACAAAUCUUUCCUCGACGCGUUGAGCAAAGUUCAGGGUAUGGACGGUCUUACUCACAGGGUAGGAGUGCUCGCGGCUGGCAAUCUCGAUCAAGCGAUCAAAGAUUGGGCGUCUAGUGACAAGAAGCUCGCCAAGAUUAUCGGUCUAGAUGACCUGUUGGCGAGCAUUGACGCCGCAAUUUACUCCUUUGUCGCGGCGAACAACUUCAACGCUCAGUUCCGAGAGGCGAAGGACCACGAUCGGAAGUAUCCACGCAAAAUUUCUGCCGGUACUCCUCUCAGUACUUCUUCUUUAUCCGGAGCUGGUUCGAAGCUGAAAGGAAUUGGUGGGAUUCAUGGGGAAGAUCGGGUUACACAUGGUCUGAUAACUAUGGUUGCAAAGUAA